AAGAUAAUAGAGAGGGACAAUUAGUCCAACAUUCAGUGUUCUCUACUCCAAAAUAUCCUCCACACACUAAAGCAAGCAGGAGAUUAAUUUCAAACCAGAGAUGGCUGGGCAGAAAAGGGUCCUCUUGCUGUGCGGAGACUAUGUCGAAGAUUACGAGGUGAUGGUUCCAUUUCAAGCGUUGCUAGCAUAUGGGCUAUCCGUUGACGCUGUUUGUCCCGGCAAGAAAGCGGGCGACAUUUGUCGCACUUCAAUCCACGAUCUUCUAGGACAUCAGACAUAUUCCGAAUCAAGGGGGCAUAAUUUUGCUCUUAAUGCUACUUUUAAUGAAAUAGAUGCCACCAAAUAUGAUGGACUGGUCAUACCAGGAGGACGUGCCCCAGAAUAUCUUGCGGUGGAUGAUUCUGUUGUAGCUUUGGUAAAAAAGUUUGAAGACUUUAGAAAGCCAAUUGCGUCCAUCUGCCAUGGACAGUUGAUCUUGGCUGCAGCUGAUGUUGUUAAAGGCAGAAAAUGCACUGCUUAUCCAUCUCUUAAACCUGCACUCGUUGCUGCUGGUGCACAUUGGGUAGAACCAGAUACCUUGGCCUACUGUACCAGUGAUGGAAACCUGAUAACUGGUGCUACAUACUAUGGACAUCCUGAGUUCAUCCGCCUUUUUAUCAAUGCAUUAGGAGCCAAGAUAUCUGGUUCUGGAAAGAGAAUCCUAUUCCUUUGUGGAGAUUACAUGGAGGAUUAUGAGGUGAUGGUUCCAUUCCAGUCCCUUCAAGCCCUUGACUGUCACGUUGAUGCUGUUUGCCCAGGGAAGAAAGCAGGUGAGACGUGCCCUACAGCUGUCCACGACUUUGAAGGUGAUCAAACCUACAGUGAGAAGCCAGGCCACAACUUCACUUUAAAUGCGGAUUUUGAAAGUGUGAAUCCCUCAAGCUAUGAUGGACUUGUCAUACCUGGGGGUCGUGCUCCAGAGUAUUUGGCGCUGAAUGACAAGGUUAUUCAAGUAGUGAAGGAAUUCAUGGCAUCCAAUAAACCAGUAGCAUCCAUCUGUCACGGGCAACAAAUUUUAUCUGCUGCGAAUGUUCUGAAGGGCAAGAAAUGUACUGCAUACCCGGCUGUGAAGCUUAAUGUUGUUCUAGCGGGGGCUACAUGGUUAGAGCCCGAACCCAUUCACCGGUGCUUCACAGAUGGAAAUCUGGUUACUGGAGCAGCCUGGCCGGGCCAUCCGGAAUUUGUAGCUCAGUUCAUGGUGCUCCUUGGCCUGAGUGUAUCGUUCUAGGUACUUCGUCUGCAUGUUUCUGCGUCGCUGCAUAACCAUAUUCAUCAUCAAACAUACAUAUACAUUACAUGUAUGCUAUGUCUUGCUGUGCUUGCGUUUUUGCUUGCUGGAUUUGGACAGAAAGUAUCUUCUAGAGAGAGUUUAUGGUUAUUUAUCUUUUUGUUGGCUA